UCAAACACACAUAUAUAGACUCUGCUACUGAAUCAUUCCGAAUCAUUCCUAGUUUCACCAGCCUUCGCACGGCCACCUAUCACCGAACCCCAUCAAUGCCCAGAGGCUUUGUGAUUUUGCAGUUGUGUGUUCUUCUUACAGAAUCGGGCACAGUCGAGAAGCCUAGAUUCGCAAACGCUGGGGCAGCAGCUGGAGCUGAAGAUGCAGAGGGAUGUAGCCACUGCGAGGUGGAUGCAGCACUUCUUCUGCAGCACAGUGGGAAUCAUGGCAGCAAGAGCAGCAACUCUCUGGAAAACAGCACAGUGGAACCAGUGGGAAGCAAACAUGAGCCACGAGAAGUCAGAGACGUCAGAGAAGUCAAAAUGAAAUCGCAAGAAGUCACAAUAGAUCAAGCUCUUAUGGACAAUGUCACAAUGGAAAAGUUGGCUGACCAGAUGGCCAGGCAGAUGAGCUGGGAAUUCCAAAACUCCAAAGGAACGUUGCUGAAAGUGGCAGGACCAGGAACCAUGACGCAAGUCACCGAAAACAAUCCGGCAAGCCUCUCAGGUACAGAGGUAUCUCUGUUCGUUCGAGCUGCAUACAAAGCAGUUGCGCCAGCUAUGGGUGAAGCAAAGGUCCAAGUGGAGUUGCAAAUGGCUGCACCAGGCCAAAUACUUUGGGUCUAUGCAAUCUUGUGGAUGCCACUGGCACUUGCAUGGUUGUGGUCUGGAUUGCCACUGCUGUCUCAAGACCUCUCUCCCAGCCAAAGCCUGCAAUUUCGACAAUUGCUGCAACUCAGUGUCGGCGCACUGACUAUCAGUGCAGUCGUAUCCAAUCAAUCAUUGUGCAUAUUGACCCGAGCACCGAUGGCAUUGACAUUGUUUCAGUCUGCGGUUGCUGCUUGCAUGGGUGCAGUGUUGUGGGCAUUCCAGAUGUGGCUCAACCCUGCACAACACCCAACGGCUCGGCACAUCCGUGUAGGUCUCUGGAGAUGGAUGCCAUGUGCCACGUGCUUCGCAUGUUUCCAAGUUUCCGAUCACUUCGUGUCAAACUACACAUCCAUCACAGAGAGGAUCGUUCUGGGAAACUUGGUCCCAGUCCUCUCAUGGAUAGCAGAGAUGACCUUCCCAAACACCUUUCAAUCCAAAGACCAAGCAAGUGUCUCAGCAAAGGUUGCUCUGUUUUCCACCGUUUGCGGGGCUGCAUUUUUUGUGGCAGAAGAUUCAGCUCUGACUGCCCUCGGCGUUUCUUCCUGCGCGCUGUGUAGUGUGAUUCUCCUGAUCUACCGCUUGACUCAGAGAGGUGUUCUGGUGAAUCUUCUCGCAUUCCCUGUAGCAUGUUUGUUGACCUUCGACAGUGUUGUGAGUUGCCUCAUUUCUUAUAGCCUUUGCGGGCCUGCUGAUUUGACAGCAAUGCGGGACUGGAGCCUUUGGAUCGAAACGCCUCAAGUCUUUGUGCUGCUGGUGCUGUCCGGAAUUGGCAUGGGGAUCGGGCAUUUGGUGGUGAUUCUCUGCCUAAGGAGCAGCAGCGCUACACUAACCAUGGUGAUUUGCAAUGUGGCCUCGAUGAUUUGCCUCGUUCAGGGCAUGGUCCUCUUCAAUGAUUCCCAGUUUCAGCAUCCGCUGGCCUUGGUUGGGAUGACCAUCAACUUGAUAGGUGGAGUUUGGUACACGACGAGCCAGGUUGGAAUUAUUGAGAUCGAUUCUGACAGAAAGGCGGUUGUGUACAAAGACAUUCACAGAGAAGGCAGCCCAAAAUGAUGCAAACUGCCAAUAUACUUGAAUAUGCAGAAAAAAC